UAAAUCAGUGUAUUUUUCCACUUGGACAAUACCAGCAAAUCUUUGGAAGACGACAUAUAAAAUGUAUUAGUUCAAGGGCAAGUUUUUGGCAGCGAUAAACGAGAAUAAAAUCCCAGCUACGUAUAGGAACCAGCAGUAUGUUUUUAGUUCUGGUGGAAGACUUAGAUGUGGCAUUACGAAGUAGUCGGCCUUUCAAGUCAUAGUUUCUUGGUUAAUCUGCGAAUCUCCCAUAAAGUAUAUCCAUUACUUCCGUCUUAAUUAGUGUCUUGAGAUGUGAUCUCAUUGAGACGACAGGAGGUUACGUUUUUACAUGAAAAUCUGAAGAUCUAGGGACUGUCAAAUCCCAAGAUGCAGCGGUAAAGGAAAAUCUCGUCGACAGAUUCUUCAUGAGUAAACAAGCGCAGGUUCCGAUGGCAAAAUUACAGGUGCUCUUAUCGUCCUUCUUGGUGCUUCUUCUGAGACCUGACAUCGUGGAAACGCAAGCUAAUUUCGGACAGAUCGAGGAUGUGGACAUCCAACUCAUUGACGGCAGCGCCCCCAACGAGGGACGAGUGCUCAUUCGCUGGUCUCCCGACUCGCCCUGGAUCGUCAUGUGUUACACCGACCUGCCUACCGCGGCGGCCUGGCAGAUGUGCCGGCGAGCCGGCUACUCGUUCGCGUGCGGCUACAGCGAGGCGGGAGCCCGACGCACUAACGAGUCUUCGCUGGUAAACGUGACCAGUCAAGUAUGGUCCGUUAGCGGUUGUUUUUACAACCAGGACAGUAUCUUUGAUGGAGGGUGUUCUCUGCAACUGUUUGAGCUUUUUGGUCCUGGCGCCGGCCCGACAUGUUCCCAUGACAAUGACCUGUGGCUGACCUGUGGAUACCCAGGCAUGCCAGAUUUCGAGCUCCGGCAGGUCGACGAAACAUUCGGACCAGGCAACCGUUUAGUGCAAGCCCGCUGCGGCCCGGAUAACGAGUGGAGCGCCCUGUGCGGCAACCUCUUCUUUCCUCUCAAGGAGGGUAAAGUGGUGUGCCGGGAGCUGGGCCACGCUGAUGAGGCACUGAGUAACGACUUUGUAACUCCGGAUAGACUGGCGCCGCAACACCGACCAAACUUUACACUGUUCGUCGACUACGGGUGCAUAGGGGACGAGACGAGUCUGACCGAGUGCCUGCAUUACGCUUUGCGGGAGUGCACUUCUUACGUUGCUCUUGAGUGCUUUACCGGUGUUGAAGGGUAUAACAACACGGGGUACCUUUGUGGUUCCAAGCAGCUCUGUGGUGAUGAGUGUCAGCAACAACACCCAAUCAAUGGCUCACAUGAUUACAUAUUUCACUACUGCCAAUGCGACGAUGCUUGUAGCCUCUUCGACGAUUGUUGUUACGACUACGCGGACAUGUGCGGUCCUGAGCCUCCGAGACUAGAGCGAGGGGAGUUUACCAUUGACGACUUUGGCUGCGUAUGGGUAACCGGCAGCCAGUUCACUCACAUUGGUUACGUGGCCGUCGACCGUUGUCCAAUCACAUGGACGGACGAGCCAACACGUGAUUUAUGCGAGAGGCCUGUGGAUGCUGGCGAUGUGAUUGGCUCGCUGCUGCUUCACGACGACCAGGGCGUGGAUUUUAAGAAUAUCUACUGCGCCAUUUGCAACGGGAGGUCGUAUGAUAGGUUGACACCGUGGGAGAUAUCAGCCGCUGGGAAUACGAGAAGUUCAUCAAUUAUGUACUACCCGUCUCUUGGCAUGUUUUUACCGGCUAAAGGCUGGGUCAUAAAGCCACCCCAGGGACACCCGUUCAUACGAGAGUGCCCCGCCCAUCUAGUAGACACCUGCUUGGAGGAGUUCCACGGGACCAAUAUAGAGAAAGGAUGCAAGGCCUACUACGCCCCUAUCAAAAUCGGAGAUGGUGAUACGAGGUAUCGCAACCCCCACUGCGUGAUGUGCAAUGGUUUGAAGGUGGUAGCGGAUAAUUCGUGUAGCGAUCAGGUAUGCUCGCAUUCCUGUGAACCUACGCACUGGACAAAUUGUUCGUCCAUCUGUGGACCUAUCGACAACAUCUUCACGAUUGAGGUUCUCUUUGAUUUCACCUCCUCCAAUUCCAUCACUGGGACGUCUUGCUCAGUGGGGCAGAUCUACGAUCCUUUCUUAGGGAGGUGCCGCGUGUUGACAUGUACUGCCGGGUAUCACCUCGUCAGCAAUGAAUGUGUGAUAACAACCUUUUACUCUCAACCCUCCAUCAAUUCCAGUGAAGCUGAGUGUAUGUCAGAAACCCUAGGAGUUAGCCUCGGGAGAAAUCUAUUUGCCGCUGAAAAUCUUCCUGGAGCAUCUGGCCAGAGUCCUGCCACUACAUCCGUGUUUCUCGUACUGAAUUUCCCAGCUGAAGUCUUUGACUUUGAAGCAGCCUUUGACGGAGCAGCCGAGGCCAUGCAAAAUGCCUCUCUCGUCGAUUCGGCAUUAGUUUGUAACAUCUCAAAACUCUCCGUCCUCUUGCCGUUUACCUUCAACAGUUCCAAUCUCUGUUCCAAGAGCACAGUGGUUGUGAGCGACCUCGCCCCAAGGUACAAUGGCACACUGUUAAAUGCUUUAGAAUAUCAAAACAUUGGUCUGCAGUACUCGAAAACUAAAGCAUUCCCUCUCUGUCUUGAAAUGUUGGACCUGAACUGCUCGUCUCUCCUGUCUUUGGACAACUCUGAAUACAAGAACCUUUCGAAUGACAUUAUCCAGAUUGCCGCAACCGGUUCAAGUCUAUCCCCUGAGGAGUAUGUUCUCUUUCCCGACGGCACAGCGGUCGUUUGUUCCUUCCUAGGACCGGUGCCAGAGGGCUUAGAGCCGUACAUCCGUCGGGUUAUUUCCUUCAUCGGGAGCUGUCUGUCCUUGUUCGCUCUGGCCGCCACUUUCCUGACCUACUGCGUCUUCUCAGAGCUUCGAAAGCUAGCGGGAAAAUUGGUCAUGAAUCUCGUGGUGGCGCUGUUCACAGCCAUCCUGAUGUUCAUGAUACCUGGCUACCUGAGUCCCAACCCCACUGCUUGUGUUAUUGGUGCAAUGGUGGCGCACUUUGCUUGGUUGGCCGCAUUUGCCUUCAUGGCGAUAGUCGCUGUGAACGUAGAGCGCACACUAACAUCUCUUGUGCAGAGGCGGGAGAAACCUUCAGGUGUGAGUCGAACGUUGGUGGCGUACAUGGCCCUCGGCUGGGGCUUACCCCUUAUCGUAGUCGGCAUUUGCCUCAUCCUCCAGUUCUGCAACUGCACCAGCCUUCCCAAGAUCUACGCAGAGGGCGCGGUGUGCUGGAUUACUAACAGCACCGUUCGCGUGGUCGUCUUCGUGGUACCGGUCGGCAUCAGUCUGAUUGUCAGCACUGGGUUGUAUCUCCUCACGCUGGUCAGACUCCGACGUAGGCGGCGCGCUACGCAGAUCGUCAGGAAGCAGGGUAGAGUAGAGGGCGCCAGAGAGGAGCUCGCCAUCUAUUCCAAGUUGUGCGUCCUUAUGGGCGUGACCUGGAUCUUUGGCUUCGUGUCUCAGUCAGUGACGGGCAUCCUCGUCUUCUCCUACAUCUACAUCCUCCUCAACUACCUCCAGGGAGUCUUCAUCUUCAUCGCCUUCUGCCUCAACAAGAGGGUACGGGGCUUGUGGAAGGAGCAACUGAGAGGACGAAAGGUUAAACCGAAGAAGGAAGCAGCGUCUGAUCCCAAACAAAACACCCAGGAGACUAAUGUUCCACCGACAGUCAAUUCUGUUGGUGCACCUGCUGUGCUCGAAGAAAACACUAAGUUGUAAUUGAGAGACUGUACCCCGAUGUGAAGGCGGCUGACAGGCCUGUCAUGUUGAUGAGGCUGUUGUUUGUAAAAAGUGUAUCAUUAAAGGUAUUUGUGGUAUUAAAAAAGUACUAACGGGCGUAAGAUAAGACAAAAAAAAUCAUUUACUUCAAUAUUGGUUCUCAAUAUUAUAAUAAUGAACAAGAAUUGUAUGUAAAGCAUUAAUAAAUCUUUCUUUUAACUGAUGUGUAUAUUUUUAAGUCUUUUAGAUUCUGUGGGACUCGUGCACUAUUAGUCGGAAUAUGAGAAAAACCUGAACUUAAUCUGAAAAUCUUGCAAUCACCAUAUAUGUAAUAACGAAAAUACACCAUAACGUGAAAACUUGUGGCCAAAGCCGUCGGAGGUUAUAGAUCAGAUUGUUUCACAUUCGGCUUUAACAACAUAAUUUAAAUCUAUAGUAGGUGAGACCAAUUCUCGUAAAUGACCCAUUUUAGGGAAGCGGACACGUUUUGCUGAAAAGUUGUACCUUACGGAAACAUGGUAGAUUAGGGAGAUGUCCGAACGUCUCCCGAAUGUUUCAAAUCCUAUUUCUCUGAAUAAAUUAUCGUCUCAAACAGCCUAAAUCGAUUCCGCGUGAUACUAAGUUUGGUGAGAGUAUUGGUAAUAAGGUUUAGGUUAGGGUUCAAGUGUCCGGAUUUUUUGUGCACCUAUCUAUGGGGAUGUCUCCGUAAUGUAAACCAUUCCUCCUGAUAAUAAUUUGUGUGAGUACGGUGGCUGGGUGUGUUUUACCAUAUCAUAAUUAUUUUGAUGUAUUGCACCACGCAGUAGCUGUUCGUUAUUAGCUCAUUUGUAUGUAUAUAACGAGCUCGACCAGGGGUCGGCUCUGCCACGAUGCAAUAAUGGCCUGCCAAUGGCUUGUAUAUAGCGGGCAUUAUAAAAAGCUAGCACUGUCUUAGGGGAUAAGUGUAAGGAUAUCGUUAUAAAGAGCUGUUGUACAGAUUUAGUUUUUCGAUUGUGAACAAUAUUUCAUUCGUUAUCAAUCACGACUCGCAGCUAAGGGCUGAAUAGAGCAUGAUUUACAGAAACUGGACAAAAUAGUAAUCCCAUAAAAAAAUUAUUAACAUUAAAAUAUUAAGAAGUACCAGAAAAAACUGACCCCAAAAAAACUCCCCCGGAAUACUCGACAAAAAAUAUUGCACUAGAAAACUGCUCAGAACAUAAAUAACGUAUGAUCUAUGGCAUCAACUGUCAUUAAAAAGCAACAAAUAAAAUAGAUGAACAGAUGUGAAGGAACUAGAGUUAAUUAGGAACUAUUGAGUAAGCAGAUCAGGUGAGGCAAUACUAUGACAUUGAUAUAUUAAACAUUACCAGAAAAAAAACUGCAUCGCAAUAUCAUGUGACAAUAAAUCAUAUAGACAUGGAAUAAACAGUAGACGAUCAGGUAAGGCAACACUGUGAAAUUGAGAUAUUAAAAUAUACAAAACUGACAAUGUACAGGAUGCGUAAAAAAAAAAACGAAACCCAAAUGUUGGGACCAUUGUUU